CCCCGCCUCCUGCCCGCCCCGCGGCGCAUUGUGGGAUCUGUCCACCGGCCUGGCUGUGGAGGACGCGGUUCUCGGAAAUGGGCGUCCAGCCGAGCCCAGUCCUGCUGGCCUCCCUGGGGGUGGGGCUGCUGACUCUGCUGGGCCUGGCUCUGGGCUCCUACUUGGUUCGGAGGUCCCGCCGGCCAAAGGUCACUCUUUUGGAUCCCAAUGAGAAGUACCUGCUGCGACUUCUAGACAAGACGACUGUGAGCCACAACACCAAGAGAUUCCGCUUUGCCCUGCCCACCGCCCACCACAUUCUGGGGCUGCCUGUGGGCAAACAUGUCUACCUCUCUGCACGGAUCGAUGGCAGCCUGGUCAUCAGGCCAUACACUCCUGUCACCAGUGACGAGGACCAAGGCUACGUGGAUCUUGUCAUCAAGGUCUACAUGAAAGGUGUGCACCCCAAAUUUCCUGAGGGAGGGAAGAUGUCUCAAUACCUGAAUAGCCUGAAGAUUGGGGAUGUGGUGGAAUUUCGAGGGCCAAGCGGGUUGCUCACUUACAAUGGAAAAGGGAGUUUUAGCAUUCAGCCAAACAAAAAGUCUCCACCAGAACCCCAAGUGGUGAAGAAACUGGGGAUGAUUGCCGGCGGAACAGGAAUCACCCCCAUGCUACAGCUGAUCCGGGCCAUCCUGAAAGACCCUGAUGAUCCAACCCAAUGCUGUCUGCUUUUUGCCAACCAGACUGAAAAGGACAUAAUCUUGCGGGAGGACCUGGAGGAGCUGCAGGCCCGAUAUCCCAAUCGCUUUAAGCUGUGGUUUACCCUAGAUCACCCCCCAGAAGGUUGGGCCUACAGUAAGGGCUUUGUGACGGCAGACAUGAUCCAGGAGCAUCUGCCGGCCCCAGGUGACGACAUGCUUCUGCUGCUCUGUGGGCCACCCCCUAUGGUGCAACUGGCCUGCCAUCCCAACCUGGACAAACUGGGCUACUCCCAAAAGAUGCGAUUCACCUACUGAGCAUCCUGCUCUCCAUGGUGCUGUUUCCCUGGUCCUGUUUCCUGCAGCUGUCCUCAGUCAGUACUCAAAUGCUCUAAGUCCCAGGUUACUUUCUUGACAGUAUCAGCCUUCUUACUUACUCUGCAGCAGAAAUCUGGAUGCUACCUGCAGGGACAACAUCCUUGUAGCCAUGGAGGAAGGCCAGGGCUGAGUAGUUCCCUGGAAGGCCCCCCAGAUCUCCCUGUAAUAGAAGGUCCAGGUCAGGCCCACAGAGCAGUUUCUUCCACGGGUCAGAAAGAAGGAAGCAUGUGCAUUCGUCCCAAGACUAGCUAGUUCCUUGAUAGCAUCACACUGGGUGUCUGUGAUGAAAGGAACAAUCUGUGUCAUGGGUUUUACUUAAUAUUUGGUGCUGAACCCAAGCAGAUUCUGCAUGUGUGAGUGCAAAUUGAGUGGCCUUACAUAGUCUCAUAGCAAUUGCAGGAAAGGAGGAAAUGAUUUCUUUAGACUUCAGAAAAGGGAAUCUGAAAUAAUGUAUGUGUGUGUCUGUCUCUCCCUGCCCCUGCCCAGGCUGGAAGGAGAUGGCUACCCACAGUCUAAGGCAGCCGCUUAUGGCAGAAACCUCUGGCUAUGCAAAUAAAUGGGGCUCAGGCCCCUGUGUUAUACCUAAA